AGACUUGAGUUGCCAAUAGAACUUGCACGAAUACAUGAUGUUUUCCAUGUAUCCAUGUUAAGAAAAUAUAUACCAGAUCCAUCGCAUGUGUUGCAAGAUCAACCAGUUGAAUUAAAAGAAGAUUUGAGUUAUGUUGAAGAACCAGUUCAGAUUCUCGACAGAAAGGAACAAGUUUUGAGAAACAAAACGAUUCCACUCAUAAAGGUUUUGUGGAGACAUCAUGGAGCGAAGGAGGCAACUUGGGAACCAGAAUAUCAGAUGAAGAAGAGCUAUCCGAUACUUUUCAGUUAAGGACAUUCUAAAUUUCGAGGACGAAAUUUUCUAAAGGGAAGAGAACUUCUAAGAGAGAGUUUGGAAGAAGAAGAGAAAUUUUACUAGAAUUUUUAGGUUGAAGAAGAGGAGGAGAACUCAAGCAAAGUGUAUCAAUGGCUGAAUUUUAGUUCAUUCUGCACAUCACUGGUUUUUAAUUCGGUUUGAACUCUUCAAAAGGAAUUAAGAGGGCAGUUGGUUUUCACUCGAAAUCAGAAGGUCUCUGGUUUUUCUUGUAUUUCAGAGUGUAUCGGUGAAGUUAGAAUCUCUAUUUGGAACAAGUUAAAGAGGUCGUGUGCGCGCGAUUCUGGAAGUGGUUCUGUUUUGACGGUUAUAUGUGUUUAUGCACGGGGAAUCAGAUUUAUAUGUCUUCAGGCCGAGAAGAAUUAAACCGAGCUUAUAGACCAAGGAUCUAGCCCAAGACUGCCGAGAAGAAUUAAACUGAGCUUAUAGACCAAGGAUCUAGCCCAAGACUGGGAGUGACAAAACCAACUUUGAAAUAUUUUCCAUAACUGUUAUUAUGAUUGAAUGCGAUAAAUGUUUAUUUACGAAGCCAUGAAAGGUAGAGAUCGACUUCCCGGUGCCUGAUAGACUUCCUUAGUCUGCGGAAGCUUCAUUAUCGAUUGCCAGUAAGGGUACAACGAGGGCAGACCGACGAGAGGCAGGAAGGAUGCGUGAAGGCCAUAUGGACGCGUCUGGUUUUCUUUAUGCUUCCGCUGAUGUAUUUUGUUAGAAUAUUUGGUUUUGCGAUUUUGUAUUGAUGACCUGAGUAUUUUAUUUGAAACUUUUGUGACUGUGAUUUAAAAUAGGGCCCGAAACUGCUUUUUGUAAUAUUUCUAACAUUUUAAUGAAUCGUAACCGGUCCGUUAUGAAUUUUGUGUUUUGUGGUCGAGUCUUAGCACUGAGUAGUGACCUUAGCUUAGUCCGAAAAGUUGGGUCGUUAUAGUUGGUAUCAGAGCCUAAGUUUUAGGUUCUGUAGACUGACUUAUGAUGUGAGUCUGUGUUUUGUGUCCUUAUAGCUAAAACGAUCCUUGCCACUCGUCAGGUACUCUCUCAUGAAAUUAUAUGUAUAACUCUAUAUGCAUUACCUUACCUAAAUUAAACUGCGAAGUAAAUUAUCACUUAUGACUAAAGGGAUCAUUGGUGGUUGUUAGGGGAAAUGCCGCCAAGGAGGGGUGCACGUAGGGGUGGCCGAGGAGGCCGAGGGAGGGGAGCAGGACGUGUUCAACCUGAGGUGCAGCCUGUAGCCCAAGCCACUGACCCGGCUGCGCUAGUUACUCAUGCGGACCUAGCUGCCAUGGAGCAGAGGUUCAGGGAUUUGAUUAUGCAGAUGCGGGAGCAGCAGCAGCCUGCCCCGCCAGCUCCAGCACCAGCUCCUGCUCCAGCUCCGGCUCCAGUACCAGUUGCGCCCCGGGUUGUGCCGGAUCAGUUGUCAGUAGAGGCCAAGCACCUGAGGGAUUUCAGGAAGUAUAAUCCCACGACAUUCGAUGGGUCUUUGGAGGACCCCACGAGGGCUCAGCUGUGGUUAUCGUCUUUGGAGACCAUAUUCCGAUACAUGAAGUGCCCUGAGGAUCAGAAAGUUCAGUGUGCUGUUUUCAUGUUGACAGACAGAGGUACUGCAUGGUGGGAGACUACAGAGAGAAUGCUAGGUGGUGAUGUGAGUCAGAUCACGUGGCAACAGUUCAAGGAGAGUUUCUAUGUGAAAUUCUUCUCUACUAGUUUGAGAGAUGCCAAGCGGCAGGAGUUCCUGAACUUAGAGCAGGGUGACAUGACAGUGGAGCAGUAUGAUGCGGAGUUUGACAUGUUAUCCUGCUUCGCUCCCGAGAUGAUAGCGACCGAGGCGGCCAGAGCUGAUAAGUUUGUUAGAGGCCUCCGACUGGACAUUCAGGGUUUGGUUCGAGCUUUCCGACCCGCUACACAUGCCGAUGCACUGCGCCUGGCAGUGGACCUCAGUUUACAGGAGAGGGCUAACUCGUCGAAGGUCGCAGGUAGAGGUUCGACCUCGGGACAGAAAAGGAAGGCUGAGCAGCAGCCUAUUCCAGUGCCGCAGCGGAACUUCAGACCAGGUGGUGAGUUUCGCCGCUUCCAGCAGAAACCUUUUGAGGCAGGGGAAGCUGCCAGGGGGAAGCCAUUGUGUGCCACUUGUGGGAAGCACCAUUUGGGCCGUUGUUUAUUUGGAACCAGGACUUGCUUUAAGUGUAGGCAAGAGGGGCAUACAGCUGACAGAUGCCCGAUGAGACUUACGGGAAACGCGCAGAAUCAGGGAGCAGGUGCUCCACAUCAGGGUAGAGUCUUUGCUACCAACAAGACUGAGGCUGAGAGGGCAGGCACGGUGGUGACAGGUACGCUUCCAGUAUUGGGGCAUUACGCCUUAGUUUUGUUUGAUUCGGGAUCGUCACAUUCUUUUAUCUCUUCCGCAUUUGUGUUGCAUGCCCGCUUAGAGGUAGAGCCCUUACACCAUGUUCUAUCAGUAUCUACUCCUUCCAGGGAGUGUAUGUUGUCGAAGGAAAAGGUGAAAGCAUGCCAGAUUGAGAUAGCAGGCCAUGUGAUUGAAGUAACGCUGUUAGUCCUGGACAUGCUCGACUUUGAUGUAGUCCUGGGUAUGGAUUGGUUGGCCGCUAACCACGCCAGCAUAGAUUGUUCCCAUAAGGAGGUAGCGUUUAACCCUCCCUCGAUGGCCAGUUUUAAAUUUAAGGGAGAAGGGUCAAGGUCCUUGCCUCAGGUAAUCUCAGCCAUCAGGGCCAGUAAACUGCUCAGUCAAGGUACUUGGGGUAUCUUAGCGAGCGUGGUGGAUACUAGAGAGGUCGAUGUAUCCCUGUCAUCAGAACCGGUGGUGAGGGACUAUCCGGAUGUCUUUCCUGAAGAACUUCCAGGGUUACCUCCUCACAGAGAGGUUGAGUUUGCCAUAGAGUUGGAGCCGGGCACGGUUCCUAUAUCCAGAGCCCCUUACAGAAUGGCCCCCGCAGAGCUGAAAGAACUGAAGGUGCAGUUACAAGAGUUGCUUGAUAAGGGAUUCAUUCGACCGAGCGUGUCACCUUGGGGUGCGCCAGUUUUAUUUGUUAAGAAGAAGGAUGGAUCGAUGCGUCUAUGCAUUGACUAUAGGGAGUUGAACAAGGUAACCGUUAAGAACAAAUAUCCCUUGCCUAGGAUCGACGAUCUAUUUGACCAGUUACAUGGAGCCACAGUGUUCUCUAAGAUUGAUCUUCGGUUGGGAUACCAUCAGCUGAGGAUUAAGGAUGGUGAUGUACCGAAGACAGCAUUUCGUUCCAGGUAUGGACACUACGAGUUUAUUGUGAUGUCUUUUGGUUUGACGAAUGCUCCGGCAGUGUUUAUGGACUUGAUGAACAGAGUGUUUAGGGAGUUCCUAGAUACUUUUGUGAUCGUGUUUAUUGAUGAUAUCUUGAUAUACUUCAAGACGGAGGCCGAACAUGAGGAGCAUUUACGUAUAGUUUUGCAAACACUUCGGGAUAAUAAGUUGUAUGCAAAGUUCUCGAAAUGCGAGUUUUGGCUGAAGCCGGUGUCCUUUCUGGGCCACGUGGUUUCUAAGGCUGGAGUCUCUGUGGAUCCAGCUAAGAUAGAGGCAGUUACCGGUUCGACCCGACCUUCCACAGUCAGUGAGGUUCGUAGCUUUCUGGGUUUAGCAGGUUAUUAUCGACGGUUUGUGGAGAACUUUUCUCGUAUAGCUACUCCUCUUACUCAGUUGACCAGGAAGAGAGCUCCUUUUGUUUGGAGCAAGGCAUGUGAAGACAGUUUCCAGAACCUUAAACAGAAGCUAGUUACCGCACCGGUUCUUACUGUACCUGAUGGUUCCGGCAGUUUUGUGAUUUAUAGUGAUGCUUCCAAGAAGGGUUUGGGUUGUGUUUUGAUGCAACAGGGUAAGGUGGUCGCUUAUGCUUCUCGUCAGUUGAAGAGUCAUGAGCAGAACUACCCUACACAUGAUUCAGAGUUGGCAGCAGUGGUUUUUGCUUUGAAAAUAUGGAGGCAUUACUUAUAUGGUGAAAAGAUACAGAUCUUCAUGGAUCAUAAGAGCUUGAAAUACUCCUUUACUCAGAAGGAAUUGAAUAUGAGACAACGAAGAUGGCUUGAGUUAGUGAAGGAUUACGAUUGUGAGAUACUGUAUCAUCCAGGCAAGGCAAAUGUGGUAGCUGAUGCUCUUAGUAGAAAGGUAUCACAUUCCGCAGCACUUAUUACCCGACAGUCCCCAUUGCAUCGAGAUCUGGAGCGGGCUGAGAUUGCAGUGUCAGUGGGGGCAGUCACUAUACAGUUAGCCCAGUUGACGGUACAGCCGACUUUGAGGCAAAGGAUCAUUGAUGCUCAGAGUAACGAUCCUUAUUUGGUUGAGAAACGUGGCCUAGUAGAGGCAGGGCAAGCGGUUGAGUUCUCCAUAUCCUCUGAUGGUGGACUUUUGUUUGAGAGACGCCUCUGUGUGCCGUCAGAUAGUGCGGUUAAGACAGAAUUAUUAUCUGAGGCUCACAGUUCCCCAUUUUCCAUGCACCCAGGUAGUACGAAGAUGUAUCAGGACCUGAAGCGGGUUUAUUGGUGGCGUAACAUGAAGAGGGAGGUAGCAGAAUUUGUUAGUAGAUGCUUGGUGUGA